AUUUGCCUAAAAUAUUGUUUUUAAAAAUAUACAAAAUUAUAAAUUAAUUUUGUUUCAAACAUUAAACUUUGAAUUCAUUAAUAAUGGGCUCAGAAGUGAAUGAAAAGUUGAAGCAAUUGUGGAGUGUUCUCAAUGAGAGUAUUAAGACUGAUGUUAGGGACAAGUGGUGGCAAACCAUCGAAUGUGAGUACAAAGACAAUCAAUUGAGAAAACAUUAUGAUCUCAAUCACAUCGCAAAGAUGUUCAUUCAUUUGGAUGAGAAUCAGGUUCUGAAGUCCUUACUAGAAAUUCCCAAAAUAUAUUCCACUCAAGAAUUUAACGACAAAUACGAAACCAAAGCCCGAAAUAACAUUAAGAAUGAGAUCGAGAUUUUGGAGGCAUAAUGAUAUCCGUGGCCUAAACUAUUUCAAACCAUUAUAACAAAUAUUUUUUGAUUAACUUUUUUCUCCAUAUCUAUCACAUACUAAUCGCCUAAAUAUAAUCUGUAUACUCAUUAGUGGUCUUAUGUUUUCAAUUAUGAAUUCACUUUAAACAAUAAAUAAACUGAAUUGUGACUAAA